AAGCACUUCCAGUCCGGACACUUUCCCCCCCUUCCAGCCAGCUCAAUUUUCAGCUUUCAGCGCUAUCACACUUUGAAUGACAAUUGUGCGGUCAUGCAACACUGUACCCAUAUGUAUUUUUUUAGCAUUUUUUUGAGACAGAUAAAGCUUUAUUUUGGUGGUAUUUAUUUUUUUUUGCUAUAUAAAUGAAAAAGUCCAAAGAUUUUUUAAAAAAGUGUUUUUCUUAUAACAUUUUGCAAAUAAAUAAUAUUUCAUCAUAAAUCUUGGCCAAAAUUUAUUCAGUUAUCUUUUUAGUAAAAAAAUAACCCAAAUUAGUUUAUA